GGUGUCUGCGCUCGGAAAACCUGUAAUAAUAAUUCAGGUUAAAGGUUCGGCGCCUUUCCGUGGUUUUUCCGACGAUGAGUCGGAUUUAAAACGGAUUUUUUCGAUGUGGAUUCGAGGAUGCAAGAAGCAGAUGAACGGUGUGAAGAAGGGGCACAGUAUGCCAGCAACAACAGGACCAAUCCCUCUGCUGAAGCCUCUGCACACUGGUCAGGAAGCCACACCCACUUGCACCAGAUUCAUGAACUGGAGAACCUGCAAGCUCCAGCCAGCAUGGGCAAGCCUGUCGGCUCCUCCUGUGGCCUACUUGGGGCCAACAGUGGCAUUCAGGGGUCCGGGGUCAGCCCAGUCUUGGCUUGGCAUGCAGCCAUUAACGCAGCUUGCCAAGCCCAAGGUGAGCUUGAAAAGUCUAACGUAAACCCACGGCCCUCUGUUUGUACUACUGGGCCUGCGCCUGUGGGGUCGCUGGCACAGAGGAAGAGGCAGCAGUACACCAAGAGCAAGAAGCAGGGGGGAUCGACGAACAGCAGACCGCCCAGAGCGCUGUUCUGCUUCACGCUCAACAACCCCAUCCGCCGGGCCUGCAUCAGCUUGGUGGAGUGGAAACCAUUUGAUAUCUUUAUACUGUUGUCUAUUUUUGCUAACUGUGUGGCCUUAGCCAUCUACAUCCCUUUCCCUGGAGAUGACUCCAAUUUCACCAACCAAGAGCUGGAAACAGUAGAAUAUGCCUUCCUGAUCAUUUUCACUAUAGAGACAUGUCUGAAGAUUAUAGCCUACGGCUUCAUCAUGCACCAAAACUCCUACGUCAGAAACGGUUGGAACAUGCUGGAUUUUGCCAUUGUCAUCGUUGGGUUAUUCAGUGUAGUUCUGGAGAUGAUAACCAAAGACGCUGACUCCAGUGGCCAGUCUGGAGGCAAAUCUGGAGGCUUUGACGUCAAGGCCCUCAGGGCCUUUCGUGUGCUGCGACCUCUUCGCCUCGUCUCUGGAGUUCCCAGUUUACAGGUGGUUUUAAACUCGAUCAUUAAAGCCAUGGUUCCUCUGCUGCACAUCGCCCUGCUGGUCCUGUUCGUCAUUAUCAUCUACGCCAUCAUCGGCCUGGAGCUCUUCAUUGGCAAAAUGCAUGCCACAUGCUACGUGCUUAAAACAGGUGCAUUUGCAGAAGAAGAGCCCACACCGUGCGCUGUUUCUGGGCACGGCCGCCAUUGCCUGUUGAAUGGUACCAUGUGCAGGGAGGGCUGGCAAGGCCCCAACAACGGCAUCACCAACUUUGAUAAUUUUUUGUUUGCCAUGCUGACAGUGUUCCAGUGCAUCACCAUGGAGGGCUGGACUGAUGUUCUCUAUUGGAUGAAUGACGCAAUGGGCUUUGAGCUGCCAUGGAUCUACUUUGUCAGUCUGGUCAUCUUUGGAUCCUUCUUUGUUUUAAACUUGGUUUUGGGUGUGUUGAGUGGAGAGUUUUCCAAAGAGCGAGAGAAGGCCAAAGCUCGAGGAGACUUCCAGAAGCUACGUGAGAAGCAGCAAUUAGAGGAAGAUCUGAAGGGAUACCUGGACUGGAUCACCCAGGCUGAGGACAUCGACCCUGAGAAUAACGAGGAGGGAGAUGAAGAGGGGAAGCACAAUCGGGUCACUCUGGCUAACCUCACUGAGAAGAAGAAAGGAAAGUUUGGCUGGUUCACUCAUUCCACAGAGACUCAGGCGAGCAUGCCCACCAGCGAGACAGAUUCUGUCAACACCGACAACCCCAACGGUGAGGACAGUAAAUUGCGGUGCUGCAGCCUGCUGUGUCACCAGUGGCGGCGGUGGAACCGCUUCUGCCGCAGAAAGUGCCGUGCAGCUGUGAAAUCAGUGAUGUUCUAUUGGCUGGUGAUCAUCUUGGUGUUCCUCAACACGCUUACCAUCGCCUCUGAGCACUACAACCAGCCCAACUGGUUGACUGAAGUACAAGAUGUUGCCAACAAAGUUCUCCUGGCGAUGUUCACCUUGGAGAUGCUGGUGAAGAUGUACAGUCUGGGGCUGCAGGCCUACUUUGUGUCACUGUUUAACCGCUUUGACUGUUUUGUGGUGUGUGGAGGCAUCAUAGAGACCAUCCUGGUGGAGCUGGCUAUCAUGUCUCCUUUGGGCAUCUCCGUUUUCCGCUGUGUACGCCUCCUGAGGAUCUUUAAGGUUACACGCCAUUGGGCAUCUCUUAGUAACCUGGUGGCUUCUCUUCUCAACUCCAUGAAGUCCAUUGCAUCCCUGUUGUUGCUGCUCUUCCUCUUCAUCAUCAUCUUCUCACUACUUGGCAUGCAGCUCUUUGGGGGAAAGUUCAACUUUGAUGAAACUGUGACCAAGAGGAGCACAUUUGAUAACUUCCCUCAGGCCUUACUCACUGUGUUCCAGAUCCUGACAGGAGAGGACUGGAAUACGGUGAUGUAUGACGGGAUCAUGGCGUACGGCGGCCCCGCCUCCUCUGGAAUGGUGGUCUGCAUUUACUUCAUCAUCCUCUUCAUCUGUGGAAACUACAUCCUGCUGAAUGUCUUCUUGGCCAUCGCUGUGGACAACCUGGCAGACGCUGAGAGUCUGAACACAGCGCAGAAGGAGGAAGAGGAGGCCAAGAAGAGGAAGAACAGUGCCAGGGAUAGAAGUGCAGACAUGAAACAAGAGAAACCGGAGGGUGGGCUUGAAGACACCAAGGUGCCAACAGAGGACUCGAUGGAGGAAGACAAAGAGUUGUAUCCUGCGCUCACCUCUCCAGUGUGUGAUGACGACUGUAACGACUACCUCCCAGAGGUCCCAUCUGGGCCCCGUCGCCAACGGCUGUCUGAUCUCACCAUCAAGGAGAAGACUCCACCCAUCCCAGAGGGCAGCGCCUUCUUCAUCUUAAGCAGCACAAAUCCAUUUCGUGUUUUCUGUCAUAAACUGAUGAACCACCAGAUCUUCACUAACCUCAUUUUGGUCUUCAUCAUGCUCAGCUCCGUGUCUCUGGCUGCUGAAGACCCAAUACGCAACUUCUCUGCUCGCAAUAUUAUACUUGGUUAUUUUGACUAUGCUUUCACCGCAAUCUUUACUGUUGAGAUCCUGUUGAAGAUCCUAGGCUAUGCAGACUAUGUCUUCACUAGUAUGUUUACAUUUGAGAUCCUUAUUAAGAUGACGGCGUUUGGAGCUUUUCUUCAUAAAGGAGCGUUCUGCAGAAACUACUUUAACCUCUUAGACCUGCUGGUUGUUGGUGUAUCUCUGGUUUCCUUUGGCAUUCAAUCUUCAGCUAUUUCAGUGGUGAAGAUUCUCCGUGUUUUGAGAGUUCUCCGUCCACUCAGGGCCAUCAACAGAGCCAAAGGUCUAAAGCAUGUGGUUCAGUGUGUGUUUGUAGCCAUCAGGACGAUUGGCAACAUCAUGAUCGUCACCACCCUGCUGCAGUUCAUGUUCGCCUGCAUCGGCGUUCAGCUCUUCAAGGGGAAAUUUUAUCGAUGCACAGAUGAGGCAAAGUCGAGUCCUGAGGAAUGUAGGGGUACCUACAUUCUCUAUCACAAUGGGGACACAGCGCUCCCAGUGGUCAAGGAGAGAAUCUGGUACAACAGUGACUUCAACUUUGACAACGUUCUCAUGGCCAUGAUGGCGCUCUUCACUGUCUCCACCUUUGAAGGAUGGCCCACUCUGCUUUACAAGGCCAUUGACUCCAGCAGGGAGAACACGGGUCCCAUCUACAACUACCGCAUUGAGAUCUCCAUCUUUUUCAUCAUCUACAUCAUCAUCAUCGCCUUCUUCAUGAUGAACAUCUUUGUUGGUUUUGUUAUUGUUACCUUCCAGGAGCAAGGAGAGAAAGAGUACAAGAACUGUGAGCUGGACAAGAACCAGCGUCAGUGUGUGGAGUAUGCACUCAAAGCUCGGCCUCUGCGGCGCUACAUCCCAAAAAACCCCUACCAGUACAAGUUCUGGUACGUGGUCAACUCCACUGGCUUUGAGUACAUCAUGUUUGUCCUAAUCAUCCUCAACACGCUGUGUCUGGCCAUCCAGCAUCAUGGUCAGUCUCAUCUGUUCAACUAUGCCAUGGACAUCCUCAACAUGGUCUUCACUGGGGUUUUCACCGUGGAGAUGAUCCUCAAGCUCAUUGCCUUCAAACCCAGAGGUUAUGUCGGGGACGCCUGGAACGUCUUUGACGCUCUGGUGGUGAUCGGCAGUGUGGUCGACAUCAUACUCAGCCAGAGCUAUUUUGCUGAUGCAUGGAACACGUUUGAUGCCUUAAUUGUUGUGGGUAGCGUGGUUGACAUUGCCAUCACUGAGAUCAAUGCUUUUGGUUUCAAGUCGGCAGCCAUUCCUGUUGUCAAGGUGAUAGUGGAACCUGGGAACACUGAGGACAGUGCUCGCAUCUCCAUCACCUUUUUCCGCCUGUUCAGAGUGAUGCGACUGGUCAAGUUGUUGAGUAGAGGGGAGGGCAUAAGAACUCUGCUGUGGACCUUUAUCAAGUCCUUCCAGGCUCUUCCGUAUGUUGCCCUUCUGAUCGCCAUGCUCUUCUUCAUCUACGCUGUAAUUGGAAUGCAGGUGUUCGGGAAAAUCGCCAUGGUGGAUGGAACACAAAUAAACCGCAACAACAACUUUCAAACCUUUCCUCAGGCUGUGCUGAUGCUCUUCAGGUGUGCGACAGGGGAGGCGUGGCAGGAGAUCAUGCUGGCCUGUCUGCCCGGGAAACUGUGCGACUCAGAGUCUGAUUACAACCCUGGAGAGGAACGGACCUGCGGCAGUGGCUUCGCCAUAAUCUACUUCAUCAGCUUUUACAUGCUCUGCGCCUUCCUGAUUAUCAACCUGUUUGUGGCCGUUAUCAUGGACAACUUUGACUACCUGACCCGUGAUUGGUCCAUUCUUGGGCCGCAUCAUCUGGAUGAGUUUAAGAGGAUCUGGUCUGAAUAUGACCCUGAAGCCAAGGGCAGGAUAAAACACUUGGAUGUGGUGACCCUGCUGAGACGGAUCCAGCCUCCUCUGGGCUUUGGCAAGCUCUGUCCCCACAGGGUGGCCUGUAAGCGGCUGGUGGCGAUGAACAUGCCACUGAACAGUGACGGGACAGUAAUGUUUAAUGCCACUUUGUUUGCUCUAGUCCGCACUGCUCUGAAGAUUAAGACUGACGGAAACCUGGAACAAGCCAAUGAGGAACUGAGAGCUGUGAUCAAGAAGAUCUGGAAGAGGACCAGCAUGAAGCUGCUGGACCAAGUCGUGCCCCCUGCAGGCGAUGACGAGGUAACAGUGGGGAAGUUCUAUGCCACCUUCCUGAUACAGGACUACUUCAGGAAGUUCAAGAGGCGCAAAGAGCAAGGGCUUGUCGGACAGCGCUCAUGGGAGAGGCUUAACGCCACCUUGGCUCUUCAGGCUGGUCUGCGCACGCUGCACGAUAUUGGCCCAGAGAUCCGUCGAGCCAUAUCAUGUGAUCUACAGGAGGAGGGGCUAGUAGAUGCUACUGGGGAGGAAGAGGAGGAAAUUUACAGGCAUAAUGGUGGACUUUUUGGGAACCAUGUCAACCAUGUCAGCAGCAAUCAGCACGGCUCCUUCCACCUGACCACUGUCACCCAGAGGCCACUACAGAUUCUGCCCUUUUCCCGCAGUAGCUCGAGUGACCCCGCCCAAACCGUUAGCAGAGUUGACAAAAUUGAAGGUGGAGGGGAGACAGACAUGGACUCUUCACCAGUGCAACAUAAUCAUCAUCUGCCACAUAUUUACCCUCACUGUAAUUCCACCUGCCAUCAAUCACCUGUACCUUCCAAUACCAACCUCAACAAUGCCAACGUGUCCUUGGUUCACCCUAUAACCAACGGUAACCAGCACCAGUGUUUAAGACGACUUCGGCUCUCCUCCUCCAGGAAUCGCUCAUCAGCGCCCUCUAGUUUGUCCACAUUUAGCAGAGUAAUACAUGACAGGAAGGUGCACUCGACAAGUAGGACACGUUACUACGAGGCCUACAUUAGGUCAGAAACAGGUGGCGGUCUCAUUCCCACAAUUCGUCGUGAGGAUGCAGGAGGCGCAGGCAGCAAUGACGAGGGAGGGUCAGGAGAGUACUACAGUGGGGAAGAGUUUCACGAAGAUGACAUGCUCAUGAGGGAGAGUUUGUCCAGUAAUUCCUGCCGUGGUGCAGAAGAGGAAUGUGACCUUCAGGCUACUGGAAGCAACCCCCAACCUGCUGGUUGUGGUGAUGAUGACCAACAGCCGAUCUGCCAAGAUGGCAGACGAUCGCCUAGGAGAUGGUUUCUACCGUCGCCUCAGGUCUCCAGCAGACCAACGCUGAGUUUUGAGUGUCUUCGCAGAAGUAGUCUGGAUGAAGCUCCGCCUUCUCCACCGUGCACAGCUGUUCCGCUGCAGCUGGUGCAACAACAGGUAAUGGCAGUGGCUGGUCUUGAUGUCAGCAAAAUCCAUAGUUUGUCUCGAACGAGGUCACUGCGCUCCUGGAUCACUCCUCCUGCUUCACCUAUCAAGCUUGAUUGGUCUCCAUGCUACACGCCGCUCAUACAGGUGGACUGGCAAAGUCCUGGCAGUGUCCCCGGUGCAGUGAAGAGAAGUUUGUGGUAUACGGACGGGCAGGAAGGCCCUCCCAGCCGCAGCCACUCGCCGUCAUGUCUGCGGUUACCCCCGGAGCGCCGCUCACAGCUGCUGCAGAAACGAGGCAGCGCCAACAGUCUGGUGGAGGCAGUGCUGAUUUCUGAGGGCCUCGGGAUAUAUGCCAAAGACCCCAAAUUUAUAACGGCAACCACGCACGAAAUAGCAGAUGCUUGCGAGAUGACAAUCGAUGAGAUGGAGAGCGCCGCCUCAAACCUGCUGAACGGGACUAUGGGUAACGGCAACACUGGGGGAACACGGAACAUCAGCACGGACACGAAUGCCAACGCUAGCCUCAGAGACCGCAGCAUCCGUGACUACAGCGACGAGGAGCUGUACAUUGGCGUGACAGGCGAGGAGGACCUGACGGAUGAGAUGAUAUCCGUGCAGUCACUAUAGCAGUGGCUCACACCGAAUUCUUUAGGUUUUUCAAUUGAAUUUGUUCUGCAUUUCCACUUUGAAAAUCAAAAAAUGGACUGGAAA